GAGGGAGGGGAAGGCGGCUCCGCACAGCCAAGAUGGCGGCGGUGGAGCUGGAGUGGGUGCCCGAGACGCUCUACAACACGGCCAUCUCGGCCGUCGUGGAUAGCUACGGGCGGGCGCGGCGCCGCGACAUCCGCUCGCUGCCCGAGAACAUCCAGUUCGACGUGUACUAUAAGCUUUACCAACAGGGCCGCUUGUGCCAGCUGGGUAGUGAAUUUUGUGAACUAGAAGUUUUUGCAAAGGUGCUACGAGCUUUAGAUAAAAGACAUCUGCUCCAUCACUGUUUCCAGGCUCUGAUGGACCAUGGGGUCAAGGUUGCUUCUGUCCUGGCCUAUUCCUUCAGCAGACGGUGCUCCUACAUUGCAGAGUCAGAUGCUGCUGUGAAAGAAAAAGCAAUCCAGAUUGGCUUUGUUUUAGGGGGGUUCCUGUCAGAUGCAGGCUGGUACAGUGAUGCUGAGAAGGUUUUCCUUUCCUGCCUUCAGCUGUGCACCCUCCACGAUGAAAUCCUUCACUGGUUCCGUGCUGUGGAGUGUUGUGUGAGGUUGCUGCACGUUCGGAACGGGAACUGCAAGUACCACCUGGGAGAGGAGACCUUCAAGCUGGCGCAGUCCUACAUGGACAAGCUGGCCAAGCACGGGCAGCAGGCCAACAAGGCGGCGCUCUACGGGGAGCUCUGCGCGCUGCUCUUCGCCAAGAGCCACUACGACGAGGCCUAUAAAUGGUGCAUAGAAGCCAUGAAGGAGAUCACAGUUGGGCUGCCUGUGAAAGUAGUGGUGGAUGUGCUACGACAAGCCUCAAAGGCCUGUGUGGUGAAACGGGAGUUCAAGAAGGCUGAGCAGCUCAUAAAGCACGCUGUGUACCUUGCCAGGGAGCAUUUUGGAGCCAAGCACCCCAAAUACUCUGACACGCUACUAGACUACGGAUUUUACUUGCUCAACGUAGACAAUAUCUGCCAAUCUGUUGCCAUCUAUCAGACAGCGCUCGAUAUCCGGCAGUCGGUAUUUGGAGGUAAAAACAUCCAUGUAGCUACAGCUCAUGAAGACUUGGCUUAUUCUUCAUAUGUUCACCAGUACAGCUCUGGGAAAUUUGACAAUGCACUAUUCCAUGCGGAACGUGCUAUUGGCAUUAUCACUCACAUUCUCCCAGAAGACCAUCUCCUCUUGGCCUCCUCGAAGAGAGUGAAAGCACUCAUCCUGGAGGAGAUUGCCAUAGAUUGUCACAACAAGGAGACAGAGCAGAGGCUGCUCCAGGAGGCUCAUGACCUGCACCUCUCCUCGCUCCAGUUGGCUAAAAAAGCCUUUGGGGAGUUCAACGUGCAAACAGCCAAACACUACGGCAACCUGGGCAGACUGUAUCAGUCCAUGAGGAAGUUCAAGGAAGCAGAGGAAAUGCACAUCAAGGCCAUCCAGAUCAAGGAGCAGCUCCUAGGGCAGGAGGAUUAUGAAGUUGCCCUCUCCGUGGGCCAUCUCGCCUCCCUCUACAACUAUGACAUGAACCAGUAUGAAAAUGCUGAAAAGCUCUACCUGAGAUCCAUAGCAAUUGGAAAGAAGCUUUUUGGUGAAGGAUACAGUGGACUUGAAUACGAUUACAGAGGUCUCAUUAAACUGUACAAUUCCAUUGGCAAUUACGAGAAGGUGUUUGAGUACCACAACAUUUUGGCCAAUUGGAACCGGUUGCGGGACCGGCAGUUCUCGGUCACGGAUGCGCUGGAGGACGUCAGCACCAGCCCCCAGUCCACGGAAGAAGUGGUCCAGUCUUUUCUGAUGUCUCAGAACCUCGAGGGACAGAGCAGCUAAGAACUUGGUCAAUUAACCAGUUAAGGUUUUUUCCCCCAGGUUACAGGGGGAAAAGUCAUACUGUGAAAUCUAAACCAUGUAGUUCUCUGGGGGCUGGAAUUUGCGUUGAAACACUGGUCCAGUCUACUGAAGAGUGCCCAUACGGAUGAAUGUGUGUUAAAUUCCUCUCAGCAUGUGUAUGGCAUGUUUAGUUCGGCUCACAUUUUUAACUUGGUAUUCCCAAAAAACCCCCUUCUUUCUCUCUUCUUUCAAAAGAAGCUACUUUGCAGAAAGUCUGCAAGAAAACAUUAAAUAAAACUGUUUGAGUUCAAAAGAGUUGCAUUCUUAUUACGGAUGGAAGGUUUCAUCGAGAGCUUUCUGCUGAAUCACAGAGAACAAAAGCUGUACUCUGAGGAGCUGUAGGAGAAAGGUCUUGCUGCUGUAUCAUUGUAGCAAAGUUCAUGGUAAAUAGCCAGCAAAGGGAGGAUGUGCUGGCCUUGGCUGCUGCCUUACCAAGAAAAGUGGCAAAGACCCACUCUGGAGAGCACCAUCCGCUCAUUGAGUGCCACCUGUGCUGUUGUGGAUGCCCCGAACUGGACCAGUACAGAUCCCAUAGACCAGCAACCACAGUGUCCUCGGUGCCACCACCAGUGCUCCCCUGAGCAGGACCAGGACACCACGGUGGACCAGCCUGCUAGAAACCGGUUUUGGACCAGUGGCUUUAAUUUAAUAUUUCUGCCCCUGCAUUCACUUUGACAGUAGAACUCUCUCAUUUAGGUGUCUGAUCAGUGCAAAUGAUAUCCAUGUGAUAGAUCCAGAGCUAGGAAGUGAAUUGAUGGUUUGUCUGUACCCAGUGAGCUUCUGCAGAGAUUCCUGGCAGUGCCACAGCUCCACCCACUCUGCUCUGCUGCAGCCACUCCUCCUUCCCUCUCCCACGGGCUCUUUCUCUGCUAACAGAGGCCAUACCGUGUUUAUACCAGUGAAGAGUUUUGUAUUCCAGUUCCAUUUUCUGUUUCUGGAGAACACAACUUACUGUACAGGUCACAGGGGUCAGUGGAAAAUGCCAAAAAGCACAACAGGUCUUUUUUUUUUGUGAUGCUUCAUUUCUACAUUAAACAAGAGUACAACCAGAAACCGAUUCCUUACGUUAAUUUACGAAGCAGAGCUCAGCUGUACAGACCCUCUGAGAAUGCCUCUCUCACUAGCUUGUCUUAAUUCUGUUGGGGGCUGUGUGGGUUUGGGUUUGGCUGUUGUUUUGGGGUUUGUUUUAUUUCCUAAUGUCGGGUAAUAUUUGCAAGUCUGUGUGACACAAACUAGAACUGACUCGCUGCUGUUACCUCAGCUGUGCCCUGGAUCUGGGAUUCUGUGGGUUCUCUCACUUUGGGGGUUUCUCUCCCCCUCUUUUCAGGGUUUCUACCUUGGCCAGUUGCUGCUGGGGCUCGGCCUGCUCUUCCCAAGGGACUGGGACUGGAUGUUCUGCUUGGGGUCUGGUUUUUUGUUGGUUUAUGGGGUUUGUGGCAGGGAAAGCUGCUGGAUGAUCUUCAGGGAAGAAUUAGAGGUUUUGGACAUGACUUGGAGCUUAAUGGCUCUUCUAAGAAGUGAAAUUUUACAGGCCAAUAGUUCAUAUUCUGGUGCCUUCAAGUGUUUUAAUUUUGGGGGGAAAGGCUGGGUAAUAUCAACUUUAAAAUGCAAUGACAUAAUUAGUGAAUGCAGAUUAAUGAUUGCAUACUUAGAGUAUCUUCACUGAGGUGAAAAGAAGUAUUUGCAUAAAACCCCCUGUGGUAUUAGGACUUAACUGCAGUGUGUCUGCAACAGCUGCUCAGUGAAAAUCCAACUUAGUUAUGUGUGGAUUUAAAAUGUGAUUUAUUUAUAGCAGUUUUUGUUUAUGACUGUGUAGGAGCUACAGACGAAUUCAGCUAUACAAGGCAAAACCUUCUCCCUGAAUGCCCAUGGCACUGACAAGUUAUAAAGUUCUUAUGAGUUCUUAAGUCCUAUUAUAAGGUAUUUAAAGUUAAACAAAGUACAUAACAGUGUCAGGACUUGGGCAGGAAAGUGGCUUAAAGCUGUCCUAAAGAACCUGAGUGAUUCUGUACUGCAGAAGUGUUGGAGCUCCCAGCUGGCUUCGUGGGUUUACGCUGACAUGGCCUGGAGAUCAUUUACCCAUUCUGUGUUCCCAGUCUUGGGGUCUCCAGCUUUUGCCUAAGGAGCCCCAAAGGUGUGUUUGGGAUGAGGAGCAUGGUUUGACUGACCUGGUUGUGUCCCUGGUCAUGGUUUGCCUUCAGGUCAGGGCAGCUCCUGGUGUGGGCAGCCUGGGCAGGAGCCGUGCUGCACGUGCCUGCAGUUGGUUUGUUGGUGGCCCCAGUCCCAGCUCUGGUGGCUGUUCCUUUUGUCCUUCCCCAGAGCUGCCUCAGCGUGGUGCCUGGGCAGGCAGGAAGGGAGGUCCUAAGGCUCCCUGGGAACCCCUUUGGCUGCCCCUGCAGCUCCAUGGUGCCAGGGCAGGUCCCUUCUGGAGCUGGGUGGCUGUGGCUGAUUGCUGACACUGCUGGGGAGUGGGGGGUUGGCAGGAUGAUGCUGCAGCUGCCAGGGACAGCUCUGCUGCUGCAGGGACAGCUCUGCUGCCCCCACUCGGGACCUGCAUUUGUGGCUGGGACAGCACAGAACUGACCCUGUGGGGGUUUGGUUCCGUGUCUCCCACGUUGGAGCUGUUGGAAGGUUCUGUGUUGGCACCUGGAGCCUGUCUGGGGUGCUGUGCUGCUGCUGCUGUUUCUGUUGCUCUCUCUGCUCUCACAGUUUGAUUGGUGCUGUUGGAGUGGGAAGCUGCUGGGAUGGUGCCAGAGGCAGGUAAAGGACUCGGGGUGAAUCUUGCAGCAUGAGCCCAGUCCUGCCCCACUCUGCCCCAGCAGAGCUGGAAGCAGGGGCUGCAGUGCCCUCUGUUCCCCUGUGGGGUUUUCCAGCACUCCGUGGCUCCUCUCUCCCCUCCUGCCCUUGCCCAGGGCAGGUUUUCCAUGCACAGCUGGGUCAGUACUGGGGUGGGGGCCUGGCAGGUGGAAUGGUUGGCAUUUCUAGAUCCAGGCAGGAAUGGUUGGCAUUUCCAGACACAGAACUUGCCCACGCAGGGGCUGUGUGGUGCUGGCAGUGAAAGGGCAGACCUGGGAGUGGCAAUCCUGUAAAAUGCAUCUGUUCCUCGAAGGUGAGUAAAGGAAUCAUCCCGGAGUCACUGGGUGCAAGUGGUGAACACGGGUGUCACUUUAAGGCAAAUUAUUUUCACUAUUGAUGAAGUUAAACCCUCAAUAUUUUACUUUGUGUGAGGCUGUUUGGGUCAGUGAGGGGGGAGUUUGCUCGAGGUGCCAUUGCUGCUUCUCAUGGUACCAAAUGCACAUUGAAGUUCAUUCCCUUUUCAGUCCUGAGUGUGGGAGAGCACAGGAGGGAAAAUUGACCAAGCCUCAGAUUGGGGAAGCUGCAAAGCCUCCCUGGGGUGAUGUGGAAGGGCUGGACUCGGGCAGGGCAGAUGCUGCUGGUACCAACCUUUCAGCAGAUCCUUCCUUCUGCUGCCUGUGCAGAACCUGAUUUUUAUCUGGGAGUCCUUGUUCCCCCAUAAGAAUUCCUGGCCAGUGUCAGUUCACAGCUGCCUCUGCAUGGUGGGGUGCGUUUGGCACUCCUGGCCUCGGGCCCUUGAGCCACGGGGCCCUGGGAGGGCACUGGGGAGAAGUGGGGAAAAUUUCCUUUCUGUAGAAAUAAACUCCAAUACCUACAGAGAAUUGGCAGCACUGGGAAUGCUUUUGCCCCUAAAUCUCAGGAACGUUUUGGGCAGUGACACAGGUGUCCCUGGGUGGUGUAAAGUGUGUGCUCUAGGGUCUCGUAUUCCACUACUCCUUGCAAUCCUCCGUAUCUAUAGCAUGAGUGGCCUUAGUGAGUUUGUUGAAGUGCACAUUUUUUUUUUCUUUUCAAAAGUAAAUUUUAAGAUGAAAAAGAUAUAUACUAUAUAAAUAUAUAGAGAUAUUUAGAAACUUGGUUUGUGGUGCACAAGUUCAGUGUUGGAUCGCUAAAUACUCGUCGCAGGUACCAUAUGUGUAACUUUUCUUUUCUGUAUAUUCCUUUCUGGGAAGCAAUGUUGCCAUGGUAACUACAACUUUACAAUUUCUUUACUACUUAAUGAUGUGAAUGAAUUCUACAUUUUAUUGAAUAUUACCAGGUUCAGUACUAUUUUUAUACUUUGAACUACAGGGGAUUUUAAUUUAAUAGCAUUAAAAAAGAAAAAGAUGUUGCUUGAACUGUAUAACUGUAUAAAUUGAACUAAUUACACAAACCCACCUCUAAACCAGAAUCUCCACCUGUAGUGCCACGUUCAUUUAUAUAAAAGUAUCUUGCUCAUUUCCAGACCUUGCAGCCCCCUCCCUGUGGUGUCAGGACGAAGGUUUCCUGCCCCCCUUUGUGCCCACGGAGCCAUCCUAUGUUUGUAACCAGAAUUGUGAUAUUCUGUAACUGUAUUGCUCAGAUGAAAUAUUGACCUAAUAAAUGGAGUGUUCCCGCA